ACCCUCUGACGACCUCCUUCAUGCUCUUGUCAACGUCCUGCUAUUCGAAUCUUUUAGCAAAUUCUAGCAGCUAAUAAAGGGCUGGUACAAUGAAUUGCGUCUUUCUCAAGGGCGAAUCAACGGAAAUAGUUGCUGAAAGUUCUUUAUCAGCAGUUUCGCAUAAUAUUUUCUCCCCAGCUGGAUCAUCUUCCGAACCAUCUUCUUCUACAAUGUACAUGCCAAUGGUAUCUCCGCCAACUCCAGCUCCUUCACCUCGUCCAGCAUUUCCCUUCGCUUUCUAUUCUGAUACCAAUAAUCGUAAUACCUCUCCAUCACCUUACGAUCCCAUACACCCAGUUCCCUCAGAGUUCUCAAUCGCUAUUCUCCACGACUGUUCCCCAGCAGAGCUUCGCUUCAUAUCUCAGACAAUCACACCUAUGCUCAAACGCGAUUUCUUGACUGAACUACCCGCAGAAAUCGCCCUUCAUGUCCUCGCUUACGUCGAUGACCCACGCACCCUCGCCCGAGCGAGUCAAGUCAGCAAGCGCUGGCACGACCUCGUCGCAGAUGACUGGCUCUGGAAGGUUUUAUGUGACACUUACAGCUUCAAAGCUGACACAGAGGAUAAGACUGGUAAAGUCUUUGGAGACGACGAAUCUUGGGACGAAAUGGAUAAAUUUGCUUCCCAUCCAAUGGACCCGUGGCUCACCGCACGAGAUCGACUCAAACGCCAGGAACAUGCUUCUGUAUCUCACUGGGGACCAUACUCCUCCGACGAGCUUCUUCAUCCAAGAACUCAAUUUUCUCACCAGGAAUACUUCAGGCGUGCAUACGGUACAAUGCUUAAUCUAAGAAAGGGUGGUCAAAUCCUUCGUGCCCACCGCAUGCCCAUCCCAACACCAGACAGCGGUGUUAUUACGUCUGUUGCCCUUGACACCGAAUGGGUAGUCGUCGGUCUUGCAAACUCUAAGAUCCAUAUCUUCAGCGCGAUCACAGGUGUCCUUAGCCGAACGCUUAUGGGGCACGAGUUAGGUGUCUGGGCAGUUCAUCUCGUUUGCCGUGGUGGGUAUUGGGGCCGCGGCGAGAUGGAUGAAGAUGGACAUCCCGAUCGUGACACAGACGCUAACCCCAAUCCAGUCAUGCCUGCUGCCCUGAAGACAGCGCUUGGCCUCGACAGACCCAGACGAACGCGACGGCCAGCGAGCGUUGGGGGUGACACCUCAAAGCCAAGUGAUAUUUGCUGUACUAGCGAAGGCUGGGGACAGCCCAACUCCAUCAUCGUCAGCUGCCACCAUUGUGUUUACGUCCUUCGCGGGCAUACUGCCACUGUCAGGUGCGCUCGGGUCCUGCACAAUCGCCCAAUUGCAGUGACUGGCUCCCGAGACUCUACUCUCCGGGUAUGGAACAUACAGAAGGGAGUCAUGCUUCGUGUACUCUAUGGACACACUGCGAGUGUAAGAUGUCUCGACGUAUGUGGCAAUAAGGUUGUCAGUGGUAGUUAUGAUACCACAUGUCGGAUCUGGGACGUCGAUACUGGUGAAUGCCUACAAGUCCUCCGUGGUCACAGCCAUCAAAUCUAUUCCAUCGCAAUCGACGGCAACCUCGUAGCGUCAGGGGGAAUGGACACCAUCGUCAGAGUAUGGGACGCAACUACAGGAUCCUGUGUCGCCCAACUUGCAGGCCACACAGCCCUAGUCUGCCAACUCCAACUUUCCUCCUCCCUCAGCCUCCUCGCAACAGGCGGUUCCGACGGACGCGUUAUCACAUUCUCCCUCCGGUCCUUCAGCGCUCUCCAACGUAUCGCAGGGCACGAUUCAAGCGUCACGUCUCUCCAAUUCGAUGCCAACUUCCUUAUUACGGGCGGGAACGACGGACGGGUGAGGGUGUUUGAGACUCAGAGUGGUGGGUAUGUGAGGGAUUUGAGUGAGCGGUGCGAGAGCGUUUGGAAGGUUGCUUAUAAGAAGGGGACGUGUGCGAUUAUGUGUAAGAGGGCUGGGAAGACGGUGAUGGAGAUUUGGACGUUUAAACCUAAGGAGAGAUUGAUUU